AUGGCUGAUAAACUAACUCCUGAAGAAAGAAACACUCAACUGAAUGCCCUCCUAGGCAAAGGCUGGACAGUACAAAACAACCGAGAUGCCAUCAACAAAGAAUUUUUGUUUAAAGACUUCAAUCAGGCUUUCGGUUUCAUGACCCGCACUGCCUUGCUUGCAGAUAAAAUGGACCAUCAUCCAGAAUGGUUCAACGUAUACAAUAAAGUUAACGUAACUUUAAGUUCUCACGAUAUCAACGGGUUAAGUAAACGCGACUUAAAGCUGGCUAAUUUUAUGGAAGAAGUUGCUAGUACAACUCAAAAGUAGAUUGUUUUUUUUUUGUUAAUCUCUGGUCCAUAUAAUGCUCUAAGAUUUUAGACAAUAUUAUUUAUUUAUGUUAUAAUAAAAUUGAAUUGGAAAAA